UCUGUUUGAUUCUCAUACGCCUCUUCACUGAGCUGUUUUACGUGUAUAUAAAGACGGGAAUCAAAGCAGACAUGUCAGACUGCAUCUGGCUGUCUAAACAGGUGAUAUUUCAGAAUGAGGAGCGCUGCAGUUUUUCUGGCGUUGUUGCUCUGUCUGCAAUGGACGUGGGCUCAGGGUGAGAGUGGAGAGGGGACAGGGACAGACGCUGAGACAGAGGGGGGAAACAGGCAGGAAGAGGUUCACUUUGAGAUACAGGGUGUCGGAGCAGCCCAUGAUCAGAGCAGCAGCCAGACCAACAUCAGCCCUGACAUCUGGGCUGAGCUGAAGGAGCUGAGAGACAUGGCCAUCGAACAAAAGGUGGAGCUGAGGAACAGCAAGAGCAAGAUAGAGAAGCUGGAGCAAGAGAAUGCAGCCACACAGGCCAGACUGACAGCCAGUGAAAGCAAGAAUGCAGUUUUGGAGGCCAGAAUGAGCUCCUAUGAAGACGUGGUCAAGACACUCCAGAGAGAGAACAAAGUACUGGGGGCCACAGUAACCGCCAGCAACAACAAGGUGGAGGACCUCAGGAGAGACAACACAGUUUUGGAGUCCAGAGUGAACACCAGUGAAAAUUUGGUGGCGGAGCUCAGGAGAGAAAACAUGGUGUUGGAAACCAGAAUGAGCUCCAGUGAAAACGAGGUGGCAGAGCUCAAGAGAGAGAAUGCAGAUCUUCUGGCCAGAGUAACAGCGAGUGAAAACAAGAUCACAGAUCUUCUGGCCAGAGUAACCACAUGUGAAAAUAAGAUCACAGUGUUGGAAACCAGAAUGAGCUCCAGUGAAAACGAGGUGGCAGAGCUCAAGAGACAGAAUGCAGAUCUUCUGGCCAGAGUAACAGCGAGUGAAAACAAGAUCACAGUGUUGGAAACCAGAAUGAGCUCCAGUGAAAAUGAGGUGGCAGAGCUCAAGAGAGAGAAUGCAGAUCUUCUGGCCAGAGUAACAGCGAGUGAAAACAAGAUCACAGAUCUUCUGGCCAGAGUAACCACAUGUGAAAAUAAGAUCACAGUGUUGGAAACCAGAAUGAGCUCCAGUGAAAACGAGGUGGCAGAGCUCAAGAGAGAGAAUGCAGAUCUUCUGGCCAGAGUAACAGCGAGUGAAAACAAGAUCACAGUGUUGGAAACCAGAAUGAGCUCCAGUGAAAACGAGGUGGCAGAGCUCAAGAGAGAGAAUGCAGACCGUCCAAAGGUGGCCUUCUCAGCUGGUCUUACUAACGCAGGACCCGUUGGACCCUUCGACACUGAGAUCACACUUAAGUUCAGCAAAGUCUUCACCAAUAUCGGCCAGGCCUACAGCCCAACUACAGGUAUCUUCACAGCCCCAGUCAGAGGAGUCUACUACUUCAGAUUCACAGUGCUCGGGAUCUGCCCUUCAGCUUGGAUCGGUGCUUAUCUCUAUCACAAUGAGAAGAAAAUGACACGUAAUUACGAUUACAAUGAUGAACACGGCCAUGUCUCUGUGUCUAAUGCAUUAAUUCUUCAACUGGAAAAGGGAGAUGUGGUCUACAUGGCUCUCCCUUCAGGUCAUGGUAUCUUUGAUGAUUCAAAUAAUUAUAACAUUUUUAGUGGAUUUCUGCUUUUUGCUCUGUGAAGUCACCUGUAAAACAUCCACAUUCAAUUGCAUUAAGUUUUGACAUCACACUAUAAAAAAUAUGG